GAUGAAUUUAUAUUUUAAUUUAGAUAGAUGAAUGAUAUUGAAGAAUGAGUAGUGGAAUAAGAAUCUUUUCUUCCGUUUCCCUCUACCCCUGAUGUUAAAUCUUUAUGGGGCAUUUGGAACAUGGGGUUGUUUGGCUCUGCAGAUUAUUCGAUCCUACAAAAAAAACAUUUGAUUGACGUGAUAAAGAUACGGGAAUACAAAUUCAGAGAGGGAGUGACUAUUUUCUUUAGUAUUUUUCGGUGGGAUGGCUUCAAAUAAUACAAUAGGGCAGAUGUGCCCAUCUCCAAUGAAGGCUACAUCAAAUGGUGUUUUCCAGGGUGAUAGUCCUCUGGAUUAUGCUCUUCCUCUGGCUAUAUUGCAGAUAUGUCUGGUGAUUGCACUCACACGGGGUCUUGCCUUUUUUCUAAGACCACUAAGGCAGCCACGUGUUAUUGCAGAGAUUAUUGGAGGAAUUUUACUUGGGCCAUCUGCUCUCGGUCGAAGUAAGAGAUAUUUGCAUGCUGUGUUCCCACCUAAGAGUCUUACAGUGUUAGAUACACUUGCAAACAUUGGCCUGCUUUUCUUUAUGUUUCUUGUGGGGCUAGAGCUAGAUACCAAAUCUCUUCGUCAAACAGGAAAGAAGGCCCUUGCAGUGGCCAUUGCAGGAAUUACCCUACCAUUUGCAAUAGGAAUCGGCACAUCAUUUAUUCUCCGAGCAACCAUUUCUGAAGGUGUAAAUGGUACCUCAUUUCUUCUUUUUAUGGGUGUAGCACUUUCUAUAACUGCAUUCCCUGUCUUGGCUCGUAUUUUGGCUGAGCUGAAGCUUUUAACAACUGAUGUUGGCAGAAUGGCCAUGUCAGCUGCGGCAGUUAAUGAUGUAGCUGCAUGGAUUCUUCUUGCUCUUGCCAUUGCACUCUCAGGGUCUAACCAUUCUCCCCUUAUUUCUUUUUGGGUUUUAUUGUCUGGGUGUGUUUUCGUCAUAUGUGCAAUUCUUGUUGUGCCUCCAAUCUUCAAAACAAUAACUCGGAGAUGCCAUGAAGGUGAACCAAUUAAUGAAACAUAUGUAUGCGCUACAUUAGCUACUGUGCUAGCUGCUGGUUUUGUGACUGAUGCUGUUGGAAUUCAUGCCAUGUUUGGUGCUUUUGUAAUUGGUGUUCUUGUCCCCAAGGAAGGACCAUUUGCACAUGCUCUUGUGGAAAAAGUUGAAGAUCUUGUGUCUGGACUCUUUCUGCCAUUGUACUUUGUAUCAAGUGGACUGAAGACGAAUAUAGCUGAAAUUCAUGGGCUUCAAUCUUGGGGUCUUCUUGCUUUGGUCAUUUUUACAGCCUGUUUUGGGAAGAUUUUUGGCACUUUUGUGGUGUCCCUUUUAUGCAAAGUGCCUCUUCGUGAGGCUGUAGCAAUGGGGUUGCUGAUGAAUACCAAAGGCUUGGUGGAACUUAUUGUCCUCAACAUUGGUAAAGAUAAAAAGGUUUUGAAUGAUCAGACCUUUGCUAUCAUGAUUCUAAUGGCUCUGUUUACAACUUUCAUUACCACCCCUCUUGUUGUUGCUGUAUAUAAGCCAGCAAGACGAGUGAGGACGGCUGAUUACAAGUAUAGAACUAUUGAAAGGAAAAAUUCGAAUACCCAACUUCGGAUUUUGGCUUGUUUCCACAGUUCAAGAAACAUCCCAUCGAUCAUAAAUCUUCUUGAAGCCUCACGAGGUAUUCAGAAGACUGAAGGACUGUGUGUAUAUGCAUUGCACCUCAUGGAGCUGUCUGAGAGGUCAUCCGCUAUAUUGAUGGUCCACAAGGCAAGAAAAAAUGGGUUGCCUGUGUGGAAUAAGGGCCAUCGAUCAGACUCUAAUCAUGUCAUUGUGGCAUUUGAUGCCUUCCAACAGUUGAGCCGGGUGUCUGUCCGAUCAAUGACUGCAAUCUCUUCAAUGUCUGAUUUACAUGAGGACAUCUGCACUACUGCUGAAAGGAAGAGAGCUUCAUUUAUUAUUCUUCCAUUCCAUAAACAUCAGCGGUUGGAUGGCUCACUGGAGACUACUCGAACCGACUUCCGUUGGGUCAAUCGUAGAGUACUUGAGCACGCACCGUGCUCAGUAGGAAUUCUAGUUGAUCGCGGGCUUGGUGGAACCACUCAAAUUCCUGCGAGUAAUGUUUCUUAUCUGAUUACAGUUCUCUUCUUUGGGGGCUGUGAUGACCGUGAAGCUCUUGCUUACGGAGCUCUGAUGGCUGAACACCCUGGGAUCAGUUUAAUGGUUGUUAGAUUCUUAGUAGCACCUGCAGCUGAGGGGGAGAUUGUUCAAGUUAACAGAGAAGCCAAUUUAGAAACCAAGUUGGGAUCCUGGGAUGAAAAGGUACUUAUGGAGUUCAAACGCAAAACAUCUGGUGAUGUUUCGAUAAGAUAUGAAGAGAGAGUUGUUACAGAUGCCGCCGGAACCAUAGAUGUGAUCAGUGAGGUUAGCCGCUGUAAUCUUUUUCUGGUGGGUCGAAUUCCAGAUGGCGAAAUACCUGCAGACAUAAACAGAAGUAACGAAUGUCCAGAAUUGGGAACCAUAGGAAGCCUGUUGAGUUCUUAUGAUUUCCCAACAACUGCAUCAGUGCUGGUGAUCCAACAGUAUAAUGACCAGGUAACUUCACAGAUAGGAGAUCAUAUGGUGGACAAAGACUCAGAAUCUAACUAAUAUGUUUUUUGUUUGUUUGAAUGUAAAAUCAGGUUUUCUUGUUUGCUUUAGUUAUGACAAACCAGGAUUAGUCCUCUCUCAAUAAUGGCCUUAAUAAAACGCACAUCAGUAGUAUAUGUAUUUAAUAUUUUGAUUAAAUUUCAAUUGUUAAAUGUAAUUAAAAUCAAACUGGAACUUCUGAAGAA